AUGGACCGGGGGGGCUACAGCGAUGGGACCGGGGGUCUACAGCGAUGGGACCGGGGGGGCUACAGCGAUGGGACCGGGGGGGCUACAGCGAUGGGACCGGGGGGGCUACAGCGAUGGGACGCGGGGGUCUACAGCGAUGGGACCGGGGGGGGCUACAGCGAUGGGACCGGGGGCUACAGCGAUGGGACCGGGGGGCUACAGCGAUGGGACCGGGGGGGCUACAGCGAUGGGACCGGGGGGCUACAGCGAUGGGACCGGGGGGCUACAGCGAUGGGACCGGGGGGCUACAGCGAUGGGACCUGGGGGGGCUACAGCGAUGGGACCGGGGGGGCUACAGCGAUGGGACCGGGGGGCUACAGCGAUGGGACCGGGGGGCUACAGCGAUGGGACCUGGGGGGCUACAGCGAUGGGACCUGGGGGGGCUACAGCGAUGGGACCGGGGGGGCUACAGCGAUGGGACCGGGGGGCUACAGCGAUGGGACCUGGGGGGGCUACAGCGAUGGGACCCGGGGGGUUACAGCGAUGGGACCGGGGGGCUACAGUGAUGGGACCGGGGGGCUACAGCGAUGGGACCGGGGGGGGGCUACAGCGAUGGGACCGGGGGGGCUACAGCGAUGGGACCUGGGGGACCGGGGGGUUACAGCGAUGGGCACGGGGGGCUACAGCGAUGGGACCUGGGGGGGCUACAUCGAUGGGACCUGGGGGGGCUACAGUGAUGGGACCGGGGGGGCUACAGCGAUGGGACCGGGGGGCUACAGCGAUGGGACCGGGGGGGCUACAUCGAUGGGACCGGGGGGGCUACAGCGAUGGGACGCCGUGUGCAAUGUGUGGGAGGGGGGAGACCAGUAA